AUGCCAGCCAUACAUCCGACUGACGCAGCGGCAAUUCUCGUCACAGGAUCCAACGGAUUUAUUGGGACCCAUAUUAUCAGCAUCUUGCUUUCUCGUGGCUUCUCUGUCCAUGCAGCUGUACGGAGCGAGGCAAAAGGGCAGCACCUUCUGGACACAUUCCAUUCUUAUGGUGACCGUCUUCGGCUGGUAAUUGUGGAUAACUUGACCCAGGAGCGUGCCUUUGACAGUGCCGUCAAGGACAUUCAAGGUGUCAUACAUUCCACAUUGCCUGUCACAGAUAUACUUACUGGUGACCCAAAUGAGCUGAUAGCUCCAGCUGUCCAAAGUGUAAAAGUCAUGUUAGAAAGUGUGUUGAAACAAGGGACGUCCGUGGAACGCGUCGUUUUUACUUCGUCCUGUGCAACUAUUCGGGCGUCAUCUAUCAUCCCUGUCGAUGUUUCAGAAUCUGACUGGAAUGAUGCCGCCGUGGACGAUUGCGAAGCCCAUGGUGCUCAAGCGGAUGCUCUGAACAAGUGCUCUGCCUCGAAGGUUCUGGCUGAAAAAGCUGUCUGGGACUUUUACGCUGCUCACAAGCACGAAGUAGCGUGGGACGUCUGCGUCCUCAAUCCACCGUGGGUCUUUGGUGUUCCUAUGCACCCAAUAUCUUCGCCCGAGUCCCUCAACGCAUCAUGUGCGUACAUGUAUAACGCACUGAUCGAAGGUAACUUCCAAGGUGCAAAUCCACACCUGAGUCCUGGCCAUGGGUGGGUAAAUAUACGAGACGUCGCUGAAGCCCAUGUGCGCGCUCUCGAGCGGCCCGUGGCGAGCGGGGAGAAAAUUAUCCUGAGCGCUGGUUCCCCUUGGUUCUGGGCCGACCUAGUGAACACUGCAGCGAUCCUGUCGCCCGCGUCAAGUACUUUUACCAAAGCUAAAGCGGCAGUCGCCUUAGCAAACGCAUCAAAGGAUGGUGUUGGCCAUGUAUCUUUCAAGAGCACGAAGGCAAGCGAGAUACUAGGCCUCGAGUUUACUACUAUGGAAAAGCUGGUUGGAGAUGUGGUUUCAGACUAUCGUAAAAGAGGAUGGAUCGCAUAAGGUGCAAUGCGAUGUCCCUACCAGAUCACAAAUGCUAGCGAAAUUGUGACGCAAUGGUAUGACAUAAAACCCGUUAGCCAAACUGAAUACCCUUCCACUCUUCGCGCCCGUUUCUUCCACAUAACGCAGAGGAGACAAGGGAGUAUACGCGUCGGCGGAUUGGGCUAGUGCUUACGAGAUCCAUCCAGAUUGUACCACUCCUCUUUCACUUCUCGAAAGACGGUGGUAUCUUUGAAAGCGAGUCUGAAUUCGACAGAUGGGAUUGUAAAGACUUUUGCGAGCUUGGUCCCAUUUUGACGGCGGGUAUAGUCAUAGUUACCCACGUUGGUAAAAGUAAUUCUUGAUAAAUGACACCCUGAACGACUCAAAAACCUGUGCACGAAGUUGAUAUCUCUGGAGUCCGGGAAUACGACCACAAGGUCUGUGAGAGCCGGAAAGGAAAGUAUGUCGAAGAAGGGGGCAGGUUCCGGUCUUUUUAGUAGAAUAUCCGCUGACUCAGCCUGAGAGAAAGCGAAAGACCUCAGCGUUGAGGAGGAGAUGGAGCUCGCCCGCUCUGCAUUAGCGUCUAUGUUGCUUGCUACAAUGAAGAGUUCACGUAUGUUUGGUAGCUGUUCCAUGACGAUUUUCAGAUGCGCAGAGAAGAACCACCCUCCAGUCAUGUCAAGUGUCACGGAAACCACAUUCUCCCAGCUGCGAUAUACGGCGAGGGUGGAGAACUCAGCAGUGGUCUCCAACGGGUGGUAGUGAAGAUGAGUUACGCGAUCCAAGGUUUCCGGGGGGACCUCUCCUAUAGAGCUUCUGGAGAAUACGUUGGCC